UAUUAAGCAAUUAAAUACCUUAGUUUUACCUACUUUAAACAAUGGACAUUUGGAUUUGUUUAUGUUAUGUUUCUAUACUUUUGAUUCAAAUAAGUCAUGAACUUCCAGUACGCCAUGAUACUAGACGUGCAACAAGAAGGCCAUUUAUAGAGCGCAAACCUGGAAAUUUAGAAAAAAUUCUGAAGUCUCAAAACGAACUGAAUAAAAGACAGAUUCGACCACGUGUACGAUCUACAAGGAAACUAAGAUUCAGAAACAGUAUCAAAAAUGCGAACGGAACGUUAAAAGAGGAUAUCAAUGAAAUGAAAAGUAAAAAGAAGGAACUAUUUCCUGUAUCAAAUGGAAAUGUGCUUUUAAAUGGCGCUAAUAAUAAAAAUAUGAAAAUGUUCCAUCGAGUAUCUGAAUCAAGCAAAACAGAAGGGUCGACAUCUCCUACCGUUAUUAAAAAAGCAGUAAAGACUGUAUCAGACAGAGGGAAUUCCGUAAGCAAUGCAGUAACGAUUGUACCAAAAAACAAUGCAGUAAACACUCGGUCUGUGUCGUUUAGAGGUAGCUCCGUAAACAAUGCAGUAUCAAAGAGAGGUAGUUCUGUAAACAAUGCAGUAUCAAAGAGAGGUAGUUCUAUAAACAAUGCAGUACCAAAGAGACGAAGUUUUGUAAGGAAACUAAGAUUCAGAAACAGUAUCAAAAAUGCGAACGGAACGUUAAAAGAGGAUAUCAAUGAAAUGAAAAGUAAAAAGAAGGAACUAUUUCCUGUAUCAAAUGGAAAUGUGCUUUUAAAUGGCGCUAAUAAUAAAAAUAUGAAAAUGUUCCAUCGAGUAUCUGAAUCAAGCAAAACAGAAGGGUCGACAUCUCCUACCGUUAUUAAAAAAGCAGUAAAGACUGUAUCAGACAGAGGGAAUUCCGUAAGCAAUGCAGUAAUGAUUGUACCAAAAAACAAUGCAGUAAACACUCGGUCUGUGUCGUUUAGAGGUAGCUCCGUAAACAAUGCAGUAUCAAAGAGAGGUAGUUCUGUAAACAAUGCAGUAUCAAAGAGAGGUAGUUCUGUAAACAAUGCAGUAUCAAAAAGAGGUAGUUCUGUAAACAAUGCAGUACCAAAGAGACGAAGUUUUGUAAACAAUGCAGUGUCAAAGAGAGGUAGUUCUGUAAACAAUGCAGUAUCAAAGAGACGAAGUUCUGUAAACAAUGCAGUAAAAACUCGGUCUGUGUCGUUUAGAGGUAGCUCCGUAAACAACACAGAAUCAAAGAGAAGUAGUUCUGUAAACAAUGCAGUAUCAGAGAGAGGAAGUUUUGUAAAAAAUAAAGUAUCAAAGAGAGGUAAUUUUGUAAACAAUGCAGUAUCAAAGAGAGGUAGCUUCGUAAACAAUGCAGUAUUAAAGAGAGGUAGCUCCGUAAGCAAUGCAGUAUCAAAUAGAGGUAGUUCUGUAAACAAUGCAGUAUUAAAGAGACGAAGUUCUAUAAACAAUGCAGUAUCAAAGAGAGGAAGUUCCAAGUAG